GAGGCGGAGGCGGCGCGCGGGGCCAUAUUCGGCGCGCGGCGGCGCAGGCGGCCAGGCCAGGAUGCGCUUGGUAUUGUCCUGCAGUGGCAGAAGCAGCAGCAGCAGCAAUUGCUGCGGCACCGAGACCAAGGCUGUCCUUUUGCCGCAAUAGCGCCCGCCGUUCCCCUCAGAGCGGCGGCCCUCCUUCCUCCUCCUCCGCCUUCGCUUCCUCCUCCUCCGCCUUCGCUUCCUCCUCUCACCAUGGCGGCCCCCGGCAACAUCGUGUCCGUCAUGGCGAGCAAGACCAAGACCAAGAAGAAACACUUCGUGGCCCAGAAAGUCAAGCUCUUCCGGGCCAGCGACCCGCUCCUCAGCGUCCUCAUGUGGGGGGUGAACCACUCGAUCAAUGAACUGAGCCAUGUUCAAAUCCCUGUUAUGUUGAUGCCAGAUGACUUCAAAGCAUAUUCAAAGAUAAAAGUGGACAAUCACCUCUUCAACAAAGAAAAUAUGCCAAGCCAUUUCAAAUUCAAAGAAUAUUGUCCUAUGGUUUUUCGUAAUCUGCGUGAAAGAUUUGCAAUUGAUGAUCAGGACUUCCAGAAUUCUCUAACAAGAAGUUGCCCACUUGCGAAUGAUUCUCAAGCACGGAGUGGGGCCCGAUUCCACACCUCUUACGACAAAAGAUAUGUCAUCAAAACUAUAACUAGUGAAGAUGUAGCAGAAAUGCACAAUAUACUGAAGAAGUACCACCAGUUUAUAGUGGAGUGUCAUGGCAACACACUACUUCCUCAGUUUUUGGGCAUGUACCGGCUUACCGUUGAUGGAGUUGAAGUAUACAUGAUUGUUACAAGAAAUGUAUUCAGCCAUCGUUUGUCUGUUUAUAGAAAAUAUGACUUAAAGGGCUCUACGGUAGCGAGAGAAGCCAGUGACAAAGAAAAGGCCAAAGAACUGCCAACAUUCAAAGACAAUGAUUUUAUCAACAAUGGUCAAAAGAUUUAUAUUGAUGAAGCCAACAAAAAGAUGUUCCUCGAAAAGCUUAAAAAGGAUGUGGAGUUCCUUGCUCAGUUAAAACUUAUGGACUACAGCUUGUUGGUUGGGAUUCACGAUGUUGAGAAAGCGGAACAGGAAGAAGUAGAAUGUGAAGAGAACGAGGAGGAUGAAGGUGAAAGUGAUGGGACUCACCCAGUUGGAACACCUCCUGAUAGUCCAGGAAAUACACUGAACAGCUUGCAGCCUUUAGCUCCUGGGGAAUUUGAUCCAACCAUUGAUGUUUAUGGAAUAAAAUGCCAUGACAAUGCGCCUAGAAAGGAAGUAUAUUUUAUGGCCAUCAUUGACAUUCUUACCCAUUACGAUGCAAAAAAGAAAGCUGCGCAUGCUGCAAAAACUGUCAAACAUGGCGCUGGUGCGGAAAUUUCAACAGUUAACCCCGAACAGUAUUCAAAGCGGUUCUUGGACUUUAUUGCCAACAUUUUGACGUAACCUAAUGUUCCACUGGACAGAUACGAGGUCUGGGAACAGCAGCAAUGGCUACCAGUGUGUAAGGGAUAAAAGCUUCUUUUAAAAGGAACUCUCAAGUGCUAUCUUGCAGAAGGCAGCCCCCUUGUUUACAUCUGCUGGCAAAGAUGACUGACUGGGGUGAAAUAUUCGCUUUUAAACAGCUGCCUGAUUAUGCCCAGCAUAGUUCUAGCUAUUUCUGAUGCGCGCACGUGUGUGUGUGAGUGUGUGUGCGUGUAUGAGUGUGCAAAAACAAAUAUAAAUUAAUAUUAACUAAAAUAGUUCAGCUUCUUACUCGGUGUGCAUUGCAAGAACGACACUCCGUGGAUACUAGCAGAGAUGGAACGAAUGGACAAAGGAGUUGGGGUGGGAGGGAGGGAAGGGAAGGGGGGGAGGAAUGUGUGCAUGUUAAGCUCAACAACAACAACAACAUUGGUAUCAAAACUAAACUGUGGAUCAGUUUAUUUUUUGAGCCGAGAGGUGCAACACAGUAUUGGUGGCAAUGAUGACUAUGACCUUUCUGCACAGGUUACACUUAACAAUCCUGCAUGCUGACUCUCCUUAAGAAUAGCUCCAUGUGUUGGAAGCGGUCCUGUUGGCAACACUUAGAUUUUAAUUUUGUUAAAUUGGCCUAUCACAACAGGAAACAGUCUUCCAGGAAUUGAGAGGUUUGGCUCUAGUUUUACUACAGUCUAAAUGCCAUAAUCAUGCUGGGUUUUCUUUGCCAAGGAUAAACAUAUUCUGGGGGUGGGAGCUGGAAAAAAUGAGGUUUCACUGUUUUAGUACAUGAAGAUUUCACACUGUAUGUUUAUCAAAUAGGAACUAACUAUGCUAUAAAGGAAAUCAGAUGGGUUUUUAGGAGAAAUGCAUUGUUUUGGGCAAUAAUAGUGUUUUCACCUCAUGAACAAAGGAAUAGGAAAGUCUGUUCACUUCUAAUUGAUCAAAAACCGAGAAAAAGGUUUUAAAUGCUUACAUGUGCUGUUUUUAAUAUUCUAUUAAAGUACUCCUUUUUUAAGCCCUAAAUUUUACUGUUUACAUUACUAGGAAGACAGGGAUGCUUUUGAGGCUGUGUGCAGUAUGUGAAUCUGAAGUUUACAUGUAAAGUUAUUUUGCAGUACAAGAUGAAGUAAUAUCUUGAGAUGUAAUAUGCAGCAAUGUACCCAGGUGGAUGCUUCACUCACUUCCAUGAUAGAUUUUACAAUUAAUGAUGGCAGGUUGUUUGAGGUAUUAUUUUAAAAGUGGCAUUUUUAUUACUUCUGUGAGAAUAAUCAGCUUUGUCUUUUCUCCGAAUCAUGUUGUUUGAUUGCUUUAAAGUUUGCUGUCACUUGUAACUUGUUUUAAACACUCUGACCUUGGGAAAAGUUCCAAAACUUCAGUAAAUACCUAAUUAGAUGUAUACAUAGAUAUAUAUGGUUAAAAUUAUGUUCUCUACUUACACACUGUGCUAAAAUUGUGCCUUUUAGUAAUUCUUUGGUGAAACAGACAUUCGUAGGCAACUCAUAACAACAAAAACUCCACUCUCCCUCUGCAACCUAAAACUUUUCCCAAGAGUGCCAGGUUGCCUUCUCUUGUAACAUAAUGCCAGGACUGUUCAGAAUCUAGCUGCAUAUAAUGCAUUGACUCCAGCCAAUUCUGAUAAAACAGCAGCUAAUCUUGAAUGGCCAAAGGCAAUACCACCCUUGUUGUUUUUUUAAAGAUUUUAACAUAUCUAAGUGGGUUUUAUUUUCUCACCAAAGAUGAUGAAAUUUUAAGGGGUUAAUUAAUGAGAAUUAAGUAUUACAUUCUCAAUUUUAGUUUUAGGUCAACCUAAAAAAUCUUUGACAUUUUAAGGCCUCUAGGAAUGCAGAUGGAUGUUGAGGUUUUCAGAUGGCCUUCCAAACCAUCCAUCCUUGGCCAUUUUACCCGAAAUUGGAAGCGCUCAUUAUUGAGGAAAAGAUCGCUUUGAACCUUCUUUGGGAAAGGGUUAUAGCUCAGUGAUAAAAGGGACAUGCUUUAUAUGUAGCAGAAUUCGGGCUCUAUCACUAGCAUCUCUUGAUAGGGCUGGAAAAAUCUUGCCUGAGACCAUGCAGAACAAUUACCAGUCGGUGUAGACCAGGCAUGGACAAACUUUGGCCCUCCAUGUGUUUUGGGGGCUGUUAGUAAUUGUAUGAGUUGAAGUCCAAAACAUCUGGAGGGCCAAAGUUUGCCCUUGCCUGAUGUAGUCAGUACUGAGCAAGAGAGACUAAUGUCUAACUUUGUGCAAGACAGCUUUCUCUAUUUUACUCAUCCAUAGCACUUCUGCUGCUACCUCUCAUUCACUUCUGCAGCCCUGGCUCACUUCCCAACUAGCUAUACACUAUUCAUGACUAUGUGAGAGAAGAAGCGUCGGCCACAUUAGGUUCCCACCAACUUGUUCUCCUUCUUCCUUGAUAUGUUUAUAAACGUCCAAAAUUGAUUGAUGACUGUGUUGCACAGUGAUCAUGCAGCUCCACUAUUUUUUAAUGUUAUGUCAACUAUUUUGAAUGUGGAUGGUAUUUUAAUUUCCUUAAGGAAUUUGCUUUGUUCCACAUCUAAGAAUAGCUGCAGCUUCCAUCCUAAGUUUUGGUGGUCCAUUAUGGGACAUAAUACCGAAAAUUGUACCCAUCAAUUUGGAUGUGUUACAGAAAUAACACAUUUCAGCGUAAGUCAAGGAAGAAUUGUCAAUCAUUGUUUUAUGGUUCCUUGUUGAAUUACAUUACAUUUGUAUAUGUGUACUCUUCCCACAUAUACACAUUCACCAAAUGUUUUUCAUUUUCUUUAACCUGAAUAUCUUCUUAAAUGCACCCCACACUUUUGUGGAGGAGGCCACACUGGAUGUUCGUAGAGCUCCAUCUGUCUCCCAGCCAAUGUGCAUAGGAAAGAUGCUUCACCAAUUAAAUUUCCAUCUCAUUUCUCACUUGAACUGGUACAGUUAGAUAUAUUGUAUACUGUAUACUUCCCUGGGCUGUCACCACAAAUUCUACCAUCUGUGACUUUCAGGAUUAAAAAUUAACUUUAUAAUAAAAAAAACCUUAAUUUCUAUUGUUUUGCUAAAUGUGUUGCUUCACUUCUAAUGUUAGUCCACAUAAUAAAAUUCUCACAGCUGUAAUCAUAUAUUGAAGAAUUUGUCCAUAUUUCUUGCCCAUUUGUGCUUUUACCAUUCCCAACAAAUAACAUUCUAGUCUUUUUUUAAUGAAAAUUUUUAAUGUCCUCUAUCAUCAUAUAUAUUUCAGUCCAGUAUUUCUGUGCUUCAUUGCAUGUCCACCACAUAUGAAAAUUGUUUCCUAUUGUCACUCAGGAGCCUGGUUGAUCACUGUGCAAACAGUCGUCAUUUUGCUUUCAACAAAGUUAGUAGCUGCUGUAUGGUUUCCUUACAUUUUUCAUUAUUUUUUUGUCUUUGUCUUUUUUAAGUUCUUUAACCACAUAUAUUCAUCCUCCAGUUACUUCUGCAUCUAAAUUUGGGUUGGGUUUUCUGCCAACUCUUCUUUCUGAUUCUGUUACGCACAUUUAGAGAUAACCACUGUCUAUAUCUUGUGAAGCUUGCUGUAAUAUUGAGGUCUACAUUUCUUUUCCCACUAAACUGUUUCCCUUAUAUCUUUGUCUACAUUGCUAGCAUAGCUUGGUCACCAUACCAGGGAGCUUCUUGGCUCGUCUCUCUAGAUUCCAUUUACUGGGGUUUGGAAAUAUGGUUUUGUUUAGUCUCAGACAUUCAUUUCUAAUGAAUUUUCCCCUUAUAGGCGUCCUUAUCCAUCUGAUGAUUUAUUUAUUCAUUCAUUCUCUUUGUUUCCAGUCCAUAUUGUGAUAUCAUUAUUAGGACACAAAUUGUUUUGUAUGAACAUUUGAGGCACCCCUCAUUAUCGUUUCACCUUCCUUUUUUUAAUAAGUGUGCCUACUUGACUGGUUUAAUAAAAGUAUUGCCAGAAUAUGGACUGGCAUAUUUAUUGUUUGGUUUAAUACAGCAUCCUUUGCAUUUUUUUUCCAUUUCCAAUCUAUUGCUGAAAGUUGCUUUGUGUCUUUGCCAUCUGCUCACCAUUCAUCAGCUGCACCCUCUCUAGAAACAGUGUCCUUUUAAAACUUAGGCUACUUGUUUUAUGAUUCUCUGCUGGGGCUAACUUGUUUUCCUAAAAUGUGCAAGCAGUCUCCCACAGAAUGUGCAGAUUCCUCAUAUUUGAAUUCAUCUUCAUUCAGUCUUUCCCUCAAAUUGGAUAAUAUUAUCUGCCCAUGUGCUCCACCAAACAGUCAAAUCAGUAACUUGAUCAGAAGAGAGUUUUGGACAUAAUAAUAAUAAUAAUAAUAAUAAUAAUAAUAAUAAUAAUAAUAAUAAUAAUAAUAAUAAUAAUAUACAAAGGGUUCUUCACACAACAAAAUCUUAUUCUCAGUUUUUGUGAGUUGCAGUUUGUCUGUGGCACAGCACAAUAAUUACACUAAUUUGUUCUCCACAACUUGAGGUCUUCUAUUCUGGCUUCACGGGGUUGCUUAUAUUCAGUUGCAUUGGUUUAUAUUCUUUUAUUACUGCUUGUACCAACACGCUUAUCAUUUUCAACAAAGAUACACAAUUUAUUGUCAUAGGUCACAGUUGUCCCAUUAAUACAGACUUGCCUUUCUCAGGGUAGCGUACCCUGUUCCCAGUCCUAUUCUCACAAUUUUAUUAAGACACAGACGUGAAAAGCGUAUUGCAAGUCUCACCACUAUUAAUGUUCAGAUCCAUAUUGAAUAGAUAAUGAGACUGGCAUUCACUUGGGAAGGGGUGGCUCCCUAGAUUCCUCCUUGGAUAAUGCAGUUUUUUAAUGCACCUUUUCAUUGGCAUUCACUCAUGUUGGUAAUCCAAGCAUGGGUUUAUGUUCCUUAUGUUAUGGUUUCAUAAUUGCCAGAAAGUCAUACCCAGCCAAUAGUCCAUAAAUAUAUUGUAGAAUGCCAUAUCUAAUGUGUUUACUUUCUAAUAAGUUGACUAUAAUUUCAUAAGGGAACAAAUGAGAACCCCUGUGACGGGUUGUGAUAAGCCCAAAUGAGAUUUGGUGUCCUACCAGGGCACUCCAAGCAUUCUGUGGGUGGAUCAAACUGGAUGACUGGGCCUUGGCUACCCUUCUUUGCCAACCAUUGAGAACAAGUGGGUCCAUAUUUCUACCAGCACAUCUGUUAGUCUGUGUAACAGGAUUGUUAGAGGUCAGGAUUGAGAUGUACCUCUGGUCUAUCAGGCACAACUUGUACAUUAGAAUUAUUGCUCUACAGGUGAGGUAUACACCUGGGUUUUUCUAACAAUCCCAGAUAGAUGCCUUGUUCCUGUGUGUGUCUCUAGUCUCCUUCCAGGAUCCCAACUUACUCCCAAUCCUGUUACUGUGUGGCCCUUCUAGUGAUGUUAACAGUACUGUAAUGUAUGUGUAUAACUCUGUGUAUUUAUGUAUUUAAGUUGAUAAGUGUGGCUUGGUUUUCCUAUUUUUGUCCCCUUCAUACACGCACACCCAUUCUCUUUGACACCACAUGAAUGUUUUAUUUUUUACUAUACACAGUGGCUUCUAAGGUGUAUCAUGGGACUGAAAAGAUACUACCAGGAAACUUAAGAGGUACAUAAUGUUACAUUUUAAAAAGGUAAUAUUCCAAUGUGGCCAAUUAACAUAUGCUUUUUAAUGAAGUAAUUACAAAGCCUUUUUGUCUGUAACAAUCUUUGGCACUUAUUACUGUUAAAUUGUUUGAAGAAGGUGAGGAAGUUUCACAUUGUAUCGCCUAGUUCUAAAAACACUCCAGACAUAAGGCUUUAUAAAAUAAAGCACUUUGACUUGCUAGGAAA